ACUACCUGGUACUGCUCAGAGACUGAGAGUGAGUUUCUGUGGCUGUUGUACCCCGUACAGUCACUCGUGUGUGCACAGAAUACUACUAUCAAGAGAUCCAUUUCUUCGUCCCUACCACUCUCCCUCGUCCCAUUGAAAUCCCCACAUCCAUUACGGAGUACACCAUAUUGACCACUCGACUUCUGUUCAGUGCUCACGCGACAGGCGCACUUCGGCUGCGAAUACCACACUACCACACUACGAGCUACCACCGUAGUCAAAAGAGCCUCCCCUCGGAUCGACUAAUCGUCUCUAUCCUGGCAUCCGACGAACCUGGGUUCCUCGGCCACUCAGCCGCCUUUUGAAUCAAAAAUCUCUUGACCUCUUCAACCCCUUCCAACUUCCCUGCUACAUCGAACUUUCUUCAGAAUCCCUGCCUUUCGGUCCACAGCAUGGCGCGCACCCACAGCAAAAAGCACGCCGUCGCUUCGGAGAAAUCGUCCAACGGUCCUGGAAUUGCGGGCAGCCGUGAUGCCCGCCUAGUACAUCCGCACCAACACGAGUAUCCUCAUCCUCCAUCCCAUGCUCAUGCCGAUGCUCAUGCUCAACAUCCGCAACAUGGGCAAAUCGCGUACAGCCACACGAGCAACAACAACAAUAAUAAUAACAACCACAAUCUACCUCAGCCUUCAGACUCACUGCCCGUCCUUGCUCCCAGUACUGCUGCUCUUGGUCCUUCUGGUCCUGACGGCCACAGGGCUGAUGUACUUCAUAUUCAUGAUCGACUGGAUGCACAAGCUGCCCUGGUCCGCCACUUGGAGCUCUUUUGGAUCGACUGA